AUGGUCAAGACUGAGAUACUUCUGUUCAUUGUGUUUGCAUUUUCAGAAGCCUCCGCAUGUUUCCUACUCAUCACCCCAUCCAGGUGGGGAGCCAAGCCGGCCAACUGUUCCGCACCCUUUCAGGUUGUCCUCCCAGAAUACGUUGUCAUUAGCCAUACGGCUGGCACCACCUGUACCACCCAAGCAGAAUGCAGCAGGGAAGCCAGGAACGUUCAGGAUUACCACCAGCGCACCAAAAGAUGGUGCGACAUUGCGUACAACUUUCUGAUUGGUGAGAAUGGUUAUGUAUAUGAAGGACGGGGCUG